AGAGGAUCAUAUCUAAGUCUCAGGCCCAAACAGCAAAACACUCAAAGCUAUUCAAACCAUUAAGACUGAUUUGAAUCUAAAUAUGCAGAAAAUGCAUCCUGGACUUCAGUUAUUUUGAGGAAAUGUAGGCUGUUCCUUAGCCAGCGGCAGGCUUUUGCAGUCCCCUGAGGCAUGCUGGGAGAUUUGAGCAGAUUAACACUCCACUAUUCACAUACGGUGCCUACACGCGAGGGAUUGAAUUAAUGAAGGAUUUCCAUGGUUGUUGUCAAUCACAUGAUCCAGUCCUGAAAUAAUCAUCCACAUUAAAGUCAUGUGUGCAGACGUGAGUGUUGUAGUGGUGGGAUCUUGUAUGACUGAUUUAGUAAGUCAGGCACCGAGACUUCCCAAGGCUGGAGAGACGAUACACGGACACAAGUUCUUCAUUGGUUUCGGUGGUAAAGGGGCCAAUCAGUGUGUCCAAGCUGCACGAAUGGGGGCCAAGACCGCCAUGGUGUGCAAGGUCGGCAGAGACGUUUUUGGGAACGACUACAUUCAAAACUUCAAAAAUAAUGGCAUUUCCACUGCCUAUGUGGAACAAACUGAAAAUGCUGCGACCGGAGCUGCCUCUAUCAUCGUAAACGACACAGGGGAGAAUGCCAUAGUGAUUGUGGCUGGUGCUAAUAUGCUUCUGGGGCAAGAGGAGCUACAGCGGGCACGAUCUGCCAUAGUAAAUGCCAAGGUGCUUGUUUGCCAGCUUGAGAUCGACCCAGAUGCAUCACUGCAGGCCUUGAGAAUGGCCAAAGAGAACCACGUGAAGACCAUUUUUAAUCCAGCUCCCGCUAUUGCAGACCUGCAUACUGAUUUCUACAAAGCAUCUGAUGUUUUCUGCUGCAAUGAGUCUGAGGCCGAGCUGUUGACGGGUCUGUCCGUGUCCUCAGUGGAGGAUGCCAGUCGCGUGGGCCUGGAGCUGCUGCGCAGAGGUUGUGGUUCAGUCAUUGUCACCUUGGGGCCACAGGGCUGUGUGGUGUGUCAGUCCACAAACACGGCCCCUAAACACAUUCCCACCAGCGCGGCCACUGCUAUCGACACCACGGGAGCAGGCGACAGCUUCAUUGGUGCUCUGGCUUUCUACACAGCCCAAUAUCCCACAAUGCCGCUGGAAGAGAUGGCCAGGAGAGCCAACCUCGUGGCAGCAGUGUCUGUUCAGACGGUCGGCACUCAAACAUCUUUUCCAUUUCAGAAGGAUCUGCCGACUGAACUAUUCUGAAGGUGACACACCAAAGACAACAUCACUGCCAUUAAUCUGUGCACAGUGUCCACAGAAUUACUGUGUGUGUAAUAAACAAUACCAAGUA